AUCAAAACCUGUAGACAGACUUGUCCGGCUACCAGAAAAAUCAGGCGAAUACACAGUGAAAUCAGAGUACAAUCUCUUGAGGAUGACACCGAAAACCCAGACAGUUGAAACUUUCAACUGGAAAGCUAACAUUUGGCAGCUGUGCAUCUCUCCCAAAAUAAAAUAUUUCCUUUGGAAAGCCAUGAGAGGAGUCCUUCCAGUCAGAGCGGCUUUGGCCACAAGAGGCCUCGCGGAUUCUCUACUAUGCAAUGUUUUGGCAAUUGCGCCAAUCUCAAACCCCCCAGAUGAUGACCUACCAACCCCCUCCGUGAAACAAAUCCUCCAACAAUCCAAGCGAUCGACAAUGCUUUCACCUAUGGAAUUGACUUCGACACUGCUAUAUCCAUGGUUGUUCUGGAGCAUUUGGCUCGCCAGGAAUCAACUGGUCUUCGAGGGUCUCUCGACAUCACCGGAAAAUACCCUAUCAAGCAGACUAAAGAAUGACAACAGGCCCAACAAGAACAUCAGGUGGGCAACGUUAAAAAGCCCAACCACUUUCACCCUCAAGCCUAGGAACGCCCUCUCUCUAACUGCCGGAAUGGGUUGGCUUCUGCAGGACGAUGAAGGAUUCACGAUUAGACAAGGUUCUUCAUCGAGACAAUUCCUCUCAUCCGCUAUAGCAGCAGAAGCUCUUGCCGUCAGAAAGGUCCUCACGUCAUUUAUAUCUUCUGGAUUCCAGCGAAUUCAAGUGAAAUCGGACUCC